GUAAGCUAAGCUUAAUUGAUCAAGAUUACCAAAUGAAAUCACGUGAACACGAGACUUAAACUGACGCGAUUUCUACCUUUUCACUUCCCUCAUGCCUUCCAAUUUUCUCCAAAUGCCUCCAUGACCGACCUCUUAGAUAUCCUCCCCCAUUUUCCCACUCAAAAAUAUGUACGACUACUUCCCUCACUCGAGAAGAAUCUCGUCACCGUCGCAGAUUUGCUCACUCUGGAUUGUAUCGAGAUAGCCAAACGUGCGACUUUACCACUCUUGGAUGUCAAGAGGUUAUGCGCGGAUGUUUUAGUACAUUUAAGAGAAGAUCUUGGAAUCAGUGAGGCGGAUCCUGGGGUUGAGGGCGUUGGAGAUGCUGAAAAUAACAUCAAUGGAAAGGGAACAGAGAAAACGUUGAGGAAAUCGGGAAAAGAUGUUGUGGAUAAGUGGGAAGUUAUAAGUACAUUGGAUGAUGAUAUGGAUCGCGCGUUAGGAGGUGGGAUUCCAACGGGUUAUAUUACGGAGGUCACAGGUGAGAGGUAUGUGCCAUUUUCAUUACCUUCUUUGUAUAUUACUGUUCUCAACUAUAUUCCACCGGCACAGUCUUCAGACUAACAUCUAUUCUAGCGGCGCAGGCAAGACACAGUUUCUUCUAACCCUACUUCUCUCUGCGCAACUCCCUGCGCCCUAUGGUUUAACAGCUCCAACACUUUACAUAUCUACCGAGUCUUCCCUCCCAACCACCCGUCUCUCCCAGCUUCUACGAACUCAUCCUCUCCUCUUUUCUCACCCUUCUCCACCUUCUCUUGACAAAAUAAUCUCAAUUGUUACACCUGAUCUCGAAUCUCAAGAUCAUAUUCUCCGGUUUCAAGUUCCUGUCGCUAUCAAACGUCAUGGCAUUCGAUUACUUAUACUCGAUAGUGUAGCUGCAAAUUACAGAGCUGAAUUUGAAAGACCUGGUAUAACUAAAGGAGGUGGAAAUAUGGCACAGAGGAGUGCUGAAUUGGUAAAAUUGGGACAAUUAUUGAGAGAUUUAGCAAGGGAAUAUGGAGUGGCUAUUGUAGUCGCUAAUCAAGUAGCCGAUCGAUUUACAGGUGGAAGUGGAAGGGCAAGUCCAUUGAUUCAUAGUCAGCGAAGAGAAAGGGAUAUGCAAAGUAGUCCACUUGCAAGAAGAAGCUUGGGCAUAAAUGGAGGUUUUUCAAUGCCAUCAAGUUCAAUAAAUGAACCAAUGUCAAGUAUACCCGGUAGUUCCAUGGGCAGUCGAACAGUAUCUCAAAACCACCCAACCAUAACCCCGGACCCAAUGUCACUAGACCAUCAACAAAGAUGGUUCACAGGCUGGGGCGAUGAUCCACACCCCUCCUACACCUCGUCCAAAAAUAUCAAAACCCCCUCUCUAGGUCUAAUCUGGACAACUCAAAUAGCAUGUCGAAUAGCCCUUAUUAAAAAACCCAUCUAUAGACAAGCAAGGAAUCAAAUAAUAGAAGAAGCCGAAAGUGGUGAACCAAUUUUGAGGAAGUGGAAAAGAUGGAUGAAAAUUGUUUUUGCAGCCUGGGCUAUAGAAAGUGGUGAGGCUUUGGAUGGCUGUGUAGAGUUUGAGAUUAGAGGGCCUAUUUCUGUUAGGGAGGAAGAGUGGGUGCAGGAUGGGAAGGGAAGGGAAGGGGAAGGGAAGGGAAAGAUGAGGGGAGGGCAGGAGGGGGUUUGGUGGUGUAGUGGUGUGGUGGUGUGGUGGUGUGGUGGUGUGGUGGUGUGGUGGUGUGGUUGUGUGGUGGUGUGGUUACUAGGUAGAUGUUGAUUUGUGAUUUGGGGGGUUUGUGGUUGUAGAUAUAAGAUUACCUUGUAGAUUUAGAAAUGGUUGCAGUUUUUCUGGUUUGUAGUUGGAUGGUGGUUGGUGUGUAUAUACACAAAUUGCACGAACACUUCUCAAAUCCAAAAUUUACAUACAGACACC